CCCACCCCCACCUCAACCUUCAAAUGAUGUCCCGCAUGUCCCGCAUUGAUCAAAGUAGCUUGCCGAACGUUGAACCUCACCAGCUUCAAUACCUCGUAGGCUACAUACCUAACGUAUGGCAUACCUACAUGUGCCUGACAGUUGAUACCUACCUGACAUAAUACCUCCAUUUACACCUACCUACUACUGGUGGUUCGAUUCACUUCCGUCGGAGUUCUCCCCCGAGCUGUUUCAUCGAUCUGCCUCCAAUCUCCAACCUCCAAUCACUGUCGAGGAAUGCAAGAUCAUCUAAGCUUAGGUAGCCCUGAUUCAAUACUUUAGGUACCCAGGACCUGCUGACUGCAGGCCACAUUCAUCUAUCUAUAGGAACCCACGCGAUUUUAUUCGUCUGCGACUUAUUCUGCCUUACCGGAUCUUCGCAUUACAUCUGCUCGUUUGAAUAGCCUGGUGGUCGCCUUGAGGUUGUGGUAUUCUUACAUAUCACUGAUAUCUACCGGAGUUAAUUCCGUAUCUCGACAUAUCUACACAAUCUUUUCAUGAGGACCGAAUCUAUACACGCCCAUCUAUCCUGACGUCAGAGCUCUACUUCCCGCCAAUAUGUUCUCUCAGAAGAAACCAUUCUCUGCUGUUACGGUGACAGUAGAACGUCUCACUAGCGAACAAUAUGAAGAAGACGACCUCAGCGGCAUCCCUGACCUAGUCGAGGUCAUCAAACUACAAGAUUCUGGCCCUGCAGAAGCUGCUCGUGCCUUGAGAAAGAAGCUGAAGUAUGGUAGCGUUCAUAGGCAAAUUAGAGCACUUGUACUUCUCGACGGCUUGAUUCAGAACGCAGGGCCACGUUUCCAGCGAACCUUCAUUGACGAACCCCUACUUGAGCGCUUGCGAGUAUGCGGUACUUCGGACCUGUCAGAUCCAGAUGUUAAGAAAAAGUGUUCCGAGCUAUUCAGGGGCUGGGCUGCCGAAUAUAAGAGUACCCCUGGCCUCGAAAGGAUCGCCAUGCUGUAUAAGGAACUCCCACGACGCAAACAAGUUGUCACUCAAGCAAAGUCCAAGGUGCUCCGUGAAACGGAACAGGACCCUUUUCGCGAUUCGGAGGACGAAGCCGAACCACCGCAGUCUCCCCAAUCUCAGGCUUCGUCCUCACGACCGCCUGUGGCCUACCCUCAACCCAGCCAAACUGUUCAGUCUUUCAGUCAUACCAAAUCAACGUCCGGGUCAGGCUCGUUCUUCUCUAGCUCCUCCAAGGAUAAGAAGAAGAAAGAAAAGGACAAGAACAAGAGAAAACAGAAGCCCUUCAAUCUGGAAGCUGAAAAGGAUACCAUGAAGGUCGCAAUCGCCGAGUCUUCGCUUGCAGCCACAAAUUUGACGAAUGCUCUCCAAAGUAUUAACCGGGAACGAGAACGAAUCUCAGAGAACGCCGCAGCUGUGGAGCGAUUCGAAGCUUGUAAGAAACUGAGGAGGAAAAUCUUACGUUAUAUUCACCAUGUCGAAGAUGAGCAAUGGCUUGGUGGCCUUCUCCAUGCCAACGACGAGCUUGUCGUGGCCCUCAUGACAUACGAGCAACUGGAUCGUUCUAUUGACGCGGACAGUGACUCGGAGGAUGAGUUAGCAGAACAAGCACACCUCUACAGAAUGGCAACCGAGAAGCAUAGUCAAUCAAUGUCACCGGCAAACCCAUCAAGCCCAGUGUCAGAAAUGGCUCAUCUCAGUAUCAACCCAAGCCCUCCUCCCAGGCCUAUGCCGCCCCCACGACCUUCGGCAGCGUCAAAACCGGCAUUGAUCUUACAUCCAGCUCCAGAGCCAGAUUCGGAAGAGGAUGAUUUGGUGGACGAAGAUGAAAAUGACCCCUUUGCUGAUAGGAAUGCAGUUUCGACACCGAAGGUGGAAAGAGAUGAGCCUGGAUUUUAGGUCUCUGGAGUUUCAAGAAAGGAGAGCUAUGUCCGAGUCAUCUGUUACUAUAGUUUCAGCAUUUUCCUUUUCUCAUGUAAUGAUGGAGAUACCUUUUUCCCCAGUUGAAGAGCCAAUUCUCCAUUAUACCCAGAAGCAGUGGCUCUUACAUUCGAAAUUCUAAGCAUUCAUGUAGCGAGCUCAAUUUCUAAAUCAAUUAUUCACUUAUAAAAUUCUUCAAA